AUGACUGCGGCCGCCGCCUCCAACUGGGGGCUGAUCACGAACAUAGUGAACAGCAUAGUAGGUGUCAGUGUCCUCACCAUGCCCUUCUGCUUCAAACAGUGUGGCAUCGUCCUGGGGGCCCUGCUCUUGGUCUUCUGUUCUUGGAUGACGCACCAGUCGUGCAUGUUCCUGGUGAAAGCCGCCAGCCUGAGCAAGCGGAGGACCUAUGCUGGGCUGGCGUUGCACGCCUACGGAAAAGCAGGGAAGAUGCUGGUGGAGACCAGCAUGAUUGGGCUGAUGCUGGGAACCUGCAUCGCCUUCUACGUUGUGAUUGGCGACUUGGGGUCUAACUUCUUUGCUCGGCUGUUUGGGUUUCAGGUCACAGGCACCUUCCGCGUGUUGCUGCUCUUCGCGGUGUCCCUGUGCAUCGUGCUGCCACUCAGCCUGCAGAGGAACAUGAUGGCCUCCAUCCAGUCCUUCAGUGCCAUGGCCCUCGUCUUCUACACCGUGUUCGUGUUCGUGAUCAUGCUCUCCUCCCUCAAGCACGGCCUCUUCGGUGGGCAGUGGCUGCGGCGAGUCAGCUACAUCCGCUGGGAGGGUGUCUUCCGCUGCAUCCCCAUCUUUGGCAUGUCCUUUGCCUGCCAGUCCCAGGUCCUGCCCACCUAUGACAGCCUGGAUGAGCCAUCAGUGAAAGCCAUGAGCUCCAUCUUCGCCUCCUCCCUCAGUGUGGUCACCACCUUCUACGUCAUGGUGGGCUUCUUCGGCUACGUGAGCUUCACCGAGGCCACUGCAGGCAACGUGCUCAUGCAUUUCCCUUCCAACCUGGUGACCGAGAUGAUCCGUGUGGGCUUCAUGAUGUCCGUGGCCGUAGGCUUCCCCAUGAUGAUCCUGCCCUGCAGACAGGCCUUGAACACGCUGCUUUUCGAGCAGCAGCAAAAAGACGGGACCUUUGCCGCUGGAGGCUACAUGCCGCCCCUGCGGUUUAAAGCCCUCACCCUCUCGGUUGUGUUUGGAACCAUGGUCGGUGGAAUCAUGAUCCCAAAUGUGGAGACAAUCCUGGGCCUCACGGGCGCCACUAUGGGAAGCCUCAUCUGCUUCAUCUGCCCAGCGCUGAUCUACAAGAAGAUCCACAAGAACUCCCUCUCUUCCCAGGUGGUGCUCUGGGUCGGCCUGGGCAUCCUGGUGGUCAGCACACACACCACCCUGUCCGUGAGCCAGGAGGCCCCUGUGGACUUGGAAAAGGAAGCCCCAGGCAGCAGACUUGGAGAGGCUGAGGGUGCGAUGAAGGCAGAGGCAGCCCAGCUCCCAGGUACGCGGCUCCCAGGCCAGAAUCCAAUUGUGGACGUGGCCGAGGACAGCCGAGAUAAGCCGAAGCUACCAAAUGAGAAAGAUGAGAUGGAGCAGGCCCAGAUUAAGGGCCCCGUGAAUGUGCCCCCAAGGGAAGACGCCAAGGAGAAGCAGGAGGAGGCACAGCUGGAUCGCCCUGGUCAAGGAGUUGCGGUACCUCUGGGCGAGGCCCACCGCCAUGAACCCCCAGUCCCUCACGACAAGGUGGUGGUGGACGAAGGUCAAGACCCAGAAGGACUGGAGAAGGAGCCUCCGUCCAAACGUGUGGAUGAAAGGGCCCUGGGGGGCAAGGGUCAGAUGGUGCUACCACUGCUGGAUUCAGAACGAGAGAGACCCAGACAGGACCAGGCUUUGGAGGCAGCGGGUGGUCUUCCUAAAGAUCUCCAGAAGGUUCCAGAAGAAAAUGGUCAGCCAGCCGUUGAGCCCCUGAAGGAGGACCUGGGGCUGGGCGACAGGGGUGUGCAUCCAGGGCCCCAGGCAGUGCUCCCUGAGGGGCAGGACGUCCUGGUGGCAGGUGCAGGGGCCAGAGCAGACGGUGCCCUGCUGCCCGGCCAUGCCGUGGGGACCGUGGGCAAGCUGGUGGAGAACGAGCACGGUGGGAAGGCUCCCCUCCCGGAGGAGAAGCCAGGCCCAGGGGCAGUGCCGCAGGCAGAGCCUCGAGAGCAGAGGACCUUGGAGGGACAGGGCGGGGACCACGCCGGGGACCACGCGGGCAGCAAGCUGGAGGCUGAAAUCAGAAAGAUGGUGGCAGAAGCUGGCCGGGCGGAGAUGCUGGACCAUGCUGUUCUGUUGCAAGUGAUUAAGGAACAGCAGGUGCAGCAGAAGCGCCUCCUGGACCAGCAGGAGAAGCUGCUUGCAGUGAUCGAAGAGCAGCAUAAGGAGAUCCACCAGCAGAGGCAGGACGGCCAGGACGCGGACAUGCAGCCUGAGCUGGGGGUGGCCGGGCCCAGAGAUAAGGAGCAGGAGGCCCACGCCGUGGGGAUGGCAGAGCAUCCCCCACCACAGCCUUUGGGAGCUGUGCCCGGUGCUCCUGGGCAUCCCCCCGCUCCUCCCCAGGGGCACAGCCAACACUCUGUGGAGAAGCCCGAGGGGGCCUUGGGUAGAGCCCCGGCUGCGCCUCCUGGCGGCGCUGACCUGCAGCCCCGGGCAGCCCAGGCUGAGCCGAGGGAAGGCCGGCGGGGCGCUGUGCCCGAGGCCAUGGACACUGGCAUGCAGGAGCGGGUCCCUGUGCUGGACCCCGCCAGGGCACCCGGGAGCCCCGAGCAGCACGGCGCAGGAGACGUCCCCCGGCAGAGUCGGAAUGUUUUUGGUGGAGGCUCCCAUGAAAGCAAGAAGUCUGGAAAGGAGAAGGCAGCCACUGGCACAGACGCUCAGGAGGCAGAUGUGCUGGGGGCGGGAGCAGCAGUUGGAGCCCCUCAGGUAAAGUCCCAGCAAGCAAGCCAGGACCGGGCACCCGGAGGCCUGUCCAGCAGGUCGGGGGGAGCAGCCCCUCGGGCCCAAGCCGUGUUACAUCAGCCGGAACAACGGGCUGUCUCUGCCAGAGGGCAGGGCGGGCAGCAGGACGGUCAUGAGGAGGCGAGGAAGGAGCACGUGCCCGCUCCCAGGGAGGAUGCCGCCAUCCAAGAGCCCAAGCAGAGGCCGGACCCUGAGCUCGGGCCCAAGCCAGCCAUGCUGGGGGAUCAGAAGCCAGACAACGCCAAACCCAACCGAGACCUGAAAGUCCAGGCGGGCUCUGACCUUCGGAGGAGACGGCGGGACGUGGCUCCUCAUGCAGAGGCGGGGCCAGCCCCAAAGGAUGGGGUCAUCAUCAGCUUCAACCCCCUGCCUGACGUGCAGGUCAAUGACCUCCGCAGUGCCCUGGAGACCCAGCUGCACCAGGCCGCAGGGGGCGCCCUGCGAGUCGUCCCAGGCCGACAGAUCAAACAGCUGCUCGGGGCCCUGGAGGAGCCCUGA